AUGGCCGCACCAGGAGAUCAGCGCAUAGCUGUGCCAAUAGAUGACCCCAAUGCCGACACAGAAUGGAACGACAUUCUGCGGAAGCACGGCGUCAUCCCCGAGAAACCCCCAAGUCCGACUCCCAUGAUCGAAGAGGCCAUUGUCGAGGCCAGGAAAAUCGCACACGAGAACCGACUCGAGGGCAAAGAUCUCGACGAGCUAGAUGAGCUCGAGGACGACGAAGAUGACGACUUUCUCGAGCAAUACCGACAAAAGAGAAUGGCUGAGCUGGGUGCACUGCAGAAGAAGUCCGUACACGGCAGCGUCUAUCCCUUGUCGAAACCAGAUUACCAAAGAGAGGUGACGGAAGCAUCAAACAAUGGGGUGGUCUUUGUCAACUUGACAUCAUCCUCUGGAGGGACCAAUGUCGAGUCAAGAGUCCUGUCGGACUUGUGGAAGCAAGCGGCCAAGGAGUACGGGGACAUCAAGUUCUGCGAGAUGAGAGCGUCACAAGCUAUCGAGAACUACCCCGAGAAGAAUUGUCCCACAAUAUUGGUCUACAAGAACGGAGACAUUGUGAAGCAGAUCGUCACACUCACCACCGUUGGUGGAGUGCGGAUGGGUAUGUUGGAUCUGGACAAGAUCCUGGUCGAAGUGGGCGCGCUCCCCAAUAAAGACAUGAGGGUUCUGAAGCGAAGGAGAGAAGCCGAGGAUGCUGAAGAGGAGAGACUCAUGGGCGGCAAGGGAAUCAAGAGCAGCAACAGGACUGCCAACGACGAUGACGACGAUUGGGACUGA